UGAUGAUGAUGGUGGCAUUAUUAUUUGACUAUCACUCGAAAGCUCAUUCAAUGUUCGUAUGCGGGACGAACGCCAGGGCAGACUGCUCGCUCUGUGGUGCAAUGCGGCGCAUUGCUAGCUGCUGCUGCUGCCUAGCGACAGCUCAUUGUUCAUCGGUGCCCGCUUCGCUUCACUUUUCACCCAUUACGGGUAAUCUGAAAUGAUGUACUACCUUUGUUCCUUUUUCUCGUUCCUGCUCUAGCGUGUAGGAGGAAUGCGCCUGAUAACGAGUAAUGACGGUCAUCUCAACUCACAAACGCUGCUUGGUGCUAAGCCGAAGAGAUGGGUGAUGUGAGUGGGACGAAAGUGUAAGGGGAAGCGAUUGGGGCUCUGCCUUUUGCUAUAACCCAGCCCACUAACUACCUGGCGUCUGACAGCUUGGCUUACCUACAGCCUUUGACUAGUCCUAUCUCCUGCAGGGCCUGUCUGCCCGGUCGACGCAUAUUAUAACGGAGAGCUGCCGGCGUCCUAGCUCGAGCUUCCGUGUUUCCCGCCACCCCCCAGCUGUGGUCAUUCGAAAAGAUAUUUGAGGCGAACGUCUGCAAGUAUUUUGCCUCCCACACCAUAUUCACCCCCCAUCGUUUUGCUGCCCUACCACACUUCGCCAGCCCACUCAUUACCGAUGAGUGGGCGUGACUCUGACGUGGUCGACUACCGAGACUUCCUUCGAACCUCCGAGGUAUCGGUUGUCGACCUGCAGCCGCAAAAAGACCGACCAGAAAGUCGUUCAUUCGUCCCCGCUGAUGCAGUGAAACGACAUUUGUCGAAACCCGUCCUCAGAAAUCUGUUAGCUUAUUACAACAUCCCCGCCACUUCAUUGAUACACAUUCAACAAUCAUACAUUUUUGUGUUCACUAUCCUUAUUGUCAUUGGCAAAGGCGGAGAGCUUAGUCGCUUCUUACAAUGGGAUAGCCUAGCGGAUCAUCGCCUGCCCUUCAGGAGGAACGAUAGAUCCGCCUGGCCACCAGAGUGCAGAAACUUCUUCUCUGAGUUCUACAAGGCGCAAUGGAAAUUCUGUGCGCAUACUUUCAGACAUGGAAUGAACGAUACGAGACUUGACGAUGAGGUCAUUUUACCAUAUUUGUCUCGUGAGGUGCUCAAGAUGGGCCCCGAUUCUUGUACCUACAAGGUCGAAAUCCACCCCAGCUACAAUGAGCUGAUUCCCACAAAAGACGGACAUCCCACCGCCAUCAACACUUUUAUCAUCAAGACAUGUCGUGCAAAAGAUUCACAACUCCAUCAUAAUGAGGUUGAGGCCUAUAAGAUCAUGGAUUUCUCCGAAUCGAUUUUGCCCAACACCGUGAGGAUUCAUGGUUCCUGGGUACAGAGACAAGAAUAUAGCAUGUGCAUGGAGCAUGUUGGCGGGGCCACGUUAGAAGACUUCUUCGCGCGCCCGCCACCCGUGUACGAAGAAGACAUCAUCUUGUUUUGGGAACGUUUGGUGGAUGUUCUCAAGCCUUUGGCUCGGAUACAAAAACAUCCAAACCCAGAUAACAUCUUCAAAUUCCUGCAGGGCAUCCACAACGAUAUCAAGCCUACUAAUAUACUUGUGGCCGAGCCCAACAACGCCUUCCAAAAAGAGUCCAAUCGGUGUAGCUCGUACGAUGUUACCUUCAAGCUUGCAGAUUUGGGCUUGACUCAUUUUUCCCCCGCGGAAAAAGAAAGGAAAGCCAGAAUCAAAGCUGUCAGUGGUACCCAAAUCUUCACCGCCCCUGAAUAUUACAGGAACGAAAAAGACAGGUUUUCUCAAAGCGAUAUACGAGAGGCUAAACCUAGCAAAGACAUCUGGAGCAUGGGCUGUGUCUUCAGUGAAGCUGUAGUCUGGUCUGUGCUAGGACCCGAAGGUCUCAAUCGUUAUCGAACCGAACGAACGAAAGCUACCAAUGAAAUAUCAAAACUAUGUAACUCGGCGUACAGUGGGUGCUUUCACGAUACCAAGAAAGUACUUCAUAUUGUACAUGAAAUGCAUACACAAGCCAGCAUUGGGUGCCGUCGCGGCGACAAUGUAGUUGCGGGAAUCAUCAACGUGGUUGAAAGUAUGCUACAAGAUUCCCAGCGUCCAAGUGCCGCUGAAGCCUAUGAAUACUGCGAAGAUAUCUUGACUGUUGCAAAGAGCAUGUCGCGACCCUCACAGCGCAGUCCUCAAACUGUCUUGUGGCCAGCUAGUCCACCAACUCCAGGCGAAAGCCGGUCGGAUCCAUAUCAAAAUAGGUUCAAUCCUCCAGGCGAUCAAAAUAGGUUCGAUCCUCGAGGCAGUCCUCAGCCACCAUUUGGAUUAGGUCUUCAUGAGGAGAACCAGAAUUACGAAUAUCAAAGGCCGUUUCCACCACCGUCUUCUAACCCACCCCCAAUCUUCCGCCAUUCCUGGGAUGAGAGUCAACAGCGACCGUCUCCUGUCAGUCCUCAAAUCGCCCUUCCGAGAGUUUCAGAGUCCCCGGAACGGUUAUGUGAUGACACUUCGAUACGUGCACGACGCUACAGAAAUAGGCCGAGCCCAUCUAACACCGUACCUGCACCAAAUCGACAUUCUUCCCAUGCCCGCCAUCUAAGCGCAGAAUCGAAUGACGAGGAAAGGCUCGCCCCAAACAACCCCUACAGAAGCAAGAUCAAAGAAAGGCAAUCAUCGCCAAAUCGCAUUUCGAACCCCCCAGAAUUGCGUGUUGAACCUCCCGCAGCAUCACCCGCACCCCAUUUCAAGCUUGAGUACGUUUCAAUUGGGGCGGUCAAUAACUGGAUAAAAGAUACCAAAAAGCGCAAAGUCUUGCCGUUGCGCGGAAUCGAACAUUUGCGAAAGCUAGAUAACAGAGAUCAAAUUUUUAUAUUUGACGAUUCGGCCAGUAUGGAUACCCACUGGAACAAUGUCCUGGAUACCUUUGGAGCUUUGGCAUAUCUGGUCAAAUCCAAAGACCCAGACGGUAUAGAGAUUCGGUACACAAGUAAUCCCACGUACUAUGAUCGUAAUAAAGACAGAAAACCGCUGUUUCAGAAGCUCAGCAGAAGCACGCGCGGCGGAAAUUGUGACAUUGGACUCACUUUAGGGAGAGUUCUGAAAGAGUUGGGACCUGACGGCUCGAAAAACCUUCUUAGUCGCUUGGGUCUUCACAAAUCAAACUACAAACCAAAGAAAUGGGGCGUCAACAUCUACAUUUUCACGGAUGGUAUAUGGCAAGACGGAGAUGGAUGGGUAGAUCGCAUAGUACAAGCUAUGAAAAGACUCGAGGAUCAAGGAAUGGAAAAGGGACAACUGGGCAUACAAUUUAUCCAGUUCGGCGACAAUGCGGAAGGCACGAGAAGACUCAAAAUUCUCGAUGACGAAUUGCGCCAAUACGGUGUGAUGCAGGAUUUCGUCGAUACAGAGCAUUGGACAGGAAACGCUUAUAAAAUGCUUCUUGGGGCCAUCGACCCUGGCUGGGAUCAAGCAAGAACGCCACAAUCUUCUUCCGAGGCGAACACGGAUUCCUCUCAUCGAGUCUCGUUCAUGUCGAAUAGGUCUCAUCCCUUUCGAAUGUCGACAUCCUGA